GUCGACCGAUGCGAUACGAAACCGGAAAGGGCAGAGCUCGCUACGGCCAUCGCCUGCUAGGUCUCGUCUCGCUCCGAUCGUAUUCAUGGGCGUGGACACGAUCGACUCCAGGAUCGAUCCUUCGGCGGCAGCUAGGGGGCGCCUAGCGGUGCUCGCUGCUCACCUGGCCGCCGAUCGCUCUUGCGGUGGCCUUCCGCAGCUGCUGGAGAGAUCCCCAACUCUCUCGCAGGAUGCCGCAGGGAAGCCCGGGAACCUCGGAGGGUCUCUUGCUGUCGUCGACGAAAGGACUGGGAAAAAUUACAAGAUCCAGGUCUCGCCGGAAGGAACUGUCAAGGCUACCGAUUUCAAGAAGAUAACUACUGAUAAAAAUGACAAGGGGCUCAAGAUCUAUGAUCCGGGUUAUCUCAACACUGCUCCAGUCCGGUCGACCAUAUGCUACAUAGACGGGGAUGAGGGGAUACUUCGUUACAGAGGCUACCCAAUUGAGGAACUUGCUGACAACAGCACAUUCCUUGAGGUGGCCUAUCUAUUACUGUACGGUAACUUGCCAUCUGAAAGCCAACUGGUAGAUUGGGAGUUUGUUGUUUCUCAGCAUUCUGCUGUUCCACAAGGCAUCCUUGAUAUCAUACAAGCAAUGCCACACGAUGCCCAUCCCAUGGGCGUUCUUGUCAGUGCAUUGAGUGCUCUUUCAGUCUUCCAUCCAGACGCAAACCCUGCUCUUAGGGGUCAGGAUCUGUAUAACUCAAAACGAGCAAGGGACAAACAAAUAUUGCGAGUACUUGGAAAGGUACCAACAAUAGCAGCUGCAGCUUAUUUACGGUUAGCAGGAAGGCCUCCAGUUCUCCCUUCAAACAACCUUUCAUACUCAGAAAAUUUCCUCUAUAUGUUGGACUCCUUGGGUAACCGAGCAUACACUCCUAACCCUCGACUUGCAAGGGUUCUUGACAUUCUUUUCAUCCUGCAUGCCGAACAUGAAAUGAACUGCUCCACAGCUGCUGCAAGGCAUCUCGCAUCAAGUGGUGUUGAUGUUUUUACUGCUCUUGCUGGAGCUGUUGGUGCUCUAUAUGGUCCUUUGCAUGGUGGGGCAAACGAGGCUGUCCUUAAAAUGCUAAAUGAAAUUGGACAAGUUGAGAACAUUCCAAGCUUCAUCGAAGGUGUAAAGAACAGAAAGCGGAAAAUGUCGGGGUUUGGACAUCGUGUCUACAAAAAUUAUGACCCUCGUGCUAAGGUCAUUCGCAAAUUGGCUGAGGAAGUUUUUUCAAUUGUUGGCCGUGAUCCUUUGAUCGAGGUAGCUGUGGCACUGGAGAAAGCUGCUUUAUCUGAUGAGUAUUUUGUGAAGCGGAAGCUUUAUCCAAAUGUUGAUUUUUAUUCAGGCUUAAUCUACAGGGCAAUGGGAUUUCCAACAGAGUUCUUUCCUGUUCUCUUUGCAAUCCCUCGAAUGGCUGGUUACCUAGCGCACUGGCGAGAAUCACUUGAUGAUCCUGAUACAAAGAUUAUGAGGCCGCAACAGGUUUAUACGGGUGUGUGGCUUCGGCAUUACACUCCAACCAGAGAGAGAUCGACAUCUGAAGACGCCGACAAGCUGGGCCAGGUUGCGAUAUCGAAUGCAAGCAGGAGGCGACUGGCAGGCUCUGGAGUUUAAACUGCCUGCCCUGAAGACACCGACAGGUUGGGCCAGGUUACGAUAUCGAAUGCAAGCAGGAGGUGACUGGUAGCCUCCGGAGUUUAAACUGCCUGCCCACUUGAAAAGAUAACAUUUAAAUAAAUCAAGGGUCAUUGUUUCACUACUAGCUUAAUAAUUAACAACAAUAAUAAUCUUGUAGGUGUUAUGUAUUUCUCGAUCGCAGAUUUGGAAUUAAGCAAUGCUAAAGCUUUCGUUGCAGUGAAGAGAGCAAGUAAA